AAAAACCAAUAAGCAUUACUAUAGAAAGAGAUUGUCCGAUAUGCGUUGUUGGCGGGUGUUCCUAUUCUUGCUCCUUUUGGCGGUGAUUCAAAUCGAAGCCGGGAAGUAUAGCGCGGAUAUCGAUGACUUUGAAGAAUGGCAGCAAUUCAAAGAAUUUCAACGGUGGAAGCACGCGAGGAAGCACCAGUCCCGUAAAUAUUUCCGGUACUUUGACAAUGAUCUUGAACACCACCAAGACGAAGAUGAUUCAGGAGAAGAAUGGCCCAGGGACGAUCCACCACCUAUCGAUCAAGCCGCACGAAUGGCGCGUUACAUCGUCAACCAAAACAAUUGGACCUCGAUCGCCACGAUUAGCUCGAGUCCUGAUAUCGCAUCCUUUCCCUUUGUGAACGUGGUAUCUUACGGCGAUGGACCACUUGACAAUGGUACCGGUAUGCCGUACCUUUACAUCACCCCCCUCGAUUACACGGCUCAGGAUCUUGCCAGAGACCCUAGAGCUACUCUAUCGAUGACCUUGGCUGAGGUCGGAUAUUGCGCCAGGAAGUCGUACGAUCCAAUGGAUCCUCGAUGCCCGCGAGUUUACUUAACGGGAAUAAUGCAACUUGUGAGAAAUACGACCGCUGAAUUUCAAGUAGCCAGAAAUGCAGUGUUCGGACGACACCCUUGGCUGGAAACUAUGCCCGCGAAUCACCGAUUUUUCUUCGUAAAAAUAAAGCCCAUCCAAAUCGAUCUGCUCGAUACUUUCGGCGGACCGAAACACAUUACCCCGGAAGAAUAUUUUGCGGCUAAAGCACUACCAGCAGAUAUUGCUGAAGAUUAUCAAAUUGCCAGUAAUUCUAACAACGACUGGUCCAACUCGAUCAGAACCAAGCCGCGGGCAGUCUUGGUGUGAUUUUUGAACGGAAAUUUUAAUAUUCUUUAGACACAUCUAAUAGAUAGAAUUUGUGGAACGAAAUUUAAAUAGAAUCUAGCGACUUAAAUCAACGCCGGAAGCUGAAUAAUAGAUUAUCCAUAUAACGAUGUCAUUUCUUGUACGAAAUUAUAAUGAAACACAUAUUUUUACAAACGUUGUAUAACUUUAUGAAGUUUAAAAAUUAUACCUUUACUUACUCGAUGAA